AUCAUUUUUCUGCAACAUUCCAAUUUGACAGUUCAGCGCGUUCAGACGUGUUCUCACAGAAAACGAAUAAAGAAAAUAGGUGUAUAGAAAAUUUUCGCAUAACAAGAAUUAUUUUAAAAGUAUUGUUUGCGAAAAGAAAAUUCAACAAUAUAAACGUGAAAUUAAUUAAACCGAAUGAAAAGCAACUAGUACAAGUGAAAUUGAAAACAUAUUAAAGGAAGUUUUAACAGCAAAUGAAAACGAUUUUUUUUUUGCAAAUUACAUAAGCUGAAUGUAGAUAAAAAAAAAUAUGCUAAAAAACCAACAUUAAAAAAACAAAACAACAAGAGGAAGUGUUAGACAAGACAAAGAAAUUAUAAAAAAAACUCAAACAACGGAAUGAGAAACUAAAACAAGCUAGAGAAAUAAACGACAAUUUGGAACGAAAACGUGAUACAAACGUCUGCUGGAAUUUCAUCAUUUUUGCCCAGACUUCAAGUGAAACAUAAGCUACGCUACAGUAGACACACUAUAAAUUGGAGAGCAGGAAAAAAUAAAAAAAGAAACAUUUUCAAACUACAAAUUCCCAGAGGAAGAUGUGCUUUAAUAAAAACACACUAAAAAAGCAAGACACAAAAAGAAGCAUUUCGACAAGGACUAUUGAUUUUUCUAAAAAGGCUUCUUCUGCUAACAACAGUCUUGAAUUUAAUUUAGAUUUAUUAAAGAAAACUAAAGAUAAUCUUUGAUUUAUAGCUUAAAUAACAACAAUAUUUUAGACUAUAAAUACACCAAAGAUUUAUAAUAAGUUUAGAAAAAUCAUCAUCCCCCAAUUAACCCCCAAACCUAUUCCACAAAACAAAAAACAAGCUGCAGAACAAAGAAAGCAACUUUGAACACAAAAACAAAGCAAAAACUAGCACAAUUUAAUAAAUUACUAAAAUAAUUGUGAAAUAUAGUUAAAUUUACUAACGAGUGAGAGUAACUAAAAGAAAAACAAAACUUGAAACUUUUUUUUUAAAUAACAGUGAUACAAAAAUUAUCCUUUUUUAGAAGGUUAUUUAAACGCGUUAGAGUGUAAAGAGAAAACUUUUAAAAAGAAAAAACUUGCAAAGUUCCUGUUUAAAUAAAUAUACACAUAUUUUUUUCAAUAAGUUAGAUUUAUAUUAAAAAAAAAAAAAAAAUAAUGUCCGCCAUGAAUUCGACUAAAUCUCCUGCAAGUGUUUCCAAUGGAAAAUUCAAAUUAUUUUCACAUGUUAAAUAUGAGCAUUUAGUUGCUGGCAUUUCGGGUGGUGUAACAUCGACUUUGAUUUUGCAUCCAUUGGAUUUGAUAAAAAUUCGUUUUGCUGUUAAUGAUGGUCGUACUGCAGCUGUACCACAAUAUCGUGGUUUGGGUAGUGCUUUUGCCACCAUUUUUCGGCAAGAAGGUUUUCGCGGUCUUUACAAGGGUGUAACGCCUAAUGUCUGGGGCUCUGGUUCAUCCUGGGGUCUUUACUUUAUGUUUUACAAUACCAUUAAGACUUUCAUUCAAGGUGGUAAUACCACUUUACCUUUGGGGCCCACUAUGCAUAUGGUAGCUGCUGCCCAAUCGGGAGCUUUAACCUUAAUUUUAACAAAUCCUAUUUGGGUGGUAAAGACUCGUCUAUGUUUACAAUAUGGUGCCGAGGGUAAAGGCUCUGAAUAUCGUGGUAUGAUACAUGCGCUGGCGCAGAUCUACAAAGAAGAAGGCAUUAGAGGCUUGUAUAAGGGUUUCGUUCCUGGCAUGCUGGGUGUUUCUCAUGGUGCCAUACAAUUUAUGACAUAUGAAGAAAUGAAAAAUUGCUAUAAUGAAUAUCGAAAAUUACCAAUCGAUACGAAAUUGGCUACAUCGGAAUAUUUAGCUUUUGCAGCUAUAUCCAAACUAAUAGCAGCUGCCGCUACUUACCCAUAUCAAGUUGUAAGGGCACGUCUACAAGAUCAUCAUCAUAAUUAUCGCGGAACUUUGGAUUGUAUUAAACAAACAUGGAGGUACGAACGUAUGGGUGGUUUUUAUAAAGGUCUCAUACCAUAUUUAGUGCAUGUCACACCAAAUAUUUGUAUGGUCAUGUUAAUAUGGGAAAAAUUGACCAAUUAGUUAAAUCAAACAUAGACUAGAAAUAUCAUUUUUUUUAAAACAACAAAUUUCUCUACUACAACUACUGCUAUUACUCUUAAAAAAAACUAAAUAUAUUAAUAUAAAAUUACAAGAGUAAAACAAAAACAAAAGAAAUAAGUAAAGAAUCUUCAAUGCAAAAUAAUUAACCAAUUAAAAGAAGCAUAAGUUUUUUUUUGUCUAAAUAUUAAGUUAUAAAUUUAAGAAGAAAAAGAAAAAAAUUGAAAGAAAAACAAAAAUACUUUAUGAAAAUUAAGACAAAAAGAAAAAGUAAAUCAUAAAAACAGAUUUCUGGUUAGAAGCACAAAAAAACGAAAUCUGUUAAACUGCAGCAUAAAAAUGACAAGCUCUAUUUUUUUUCAAGAGUUUUAAUAUUUUAUACAAAAACUUAUUUAUAAUAAUUUAUUAAAGUUUUAUUAAACUUUAAUAAAUUAUUAUACUUAAGUCUUCUCUAACAAUUUAUGUAUUACUGUUAUUAUUAUUUUUUUUUAAUUUUAGUUUUUGUUUUUAAGUUUAGUUACUCAAUCUCAAGUUUUUUUUCUACUAUUUUUUUUUAAUAAUUCCAUGAACGCUAAGCGCCUGAAUUUAUCAUAUAUUUGUAAUUUUAUUUCUCUUAGCCACUAAGUCUUGUCAUAAAUUCCUCAAAAAAUUUAGUUGUUUUUUUUCCUCUAAUUUUUUUGGCUUUGGAAUUGUGUUCUAUUUUAUCUAAAUAUAUACACUUGUGAUAGAAAUUUUGUUUUAAAUAUUUCUUACAAAUUGCUUAACAAAUUUACUUAAGUUAAGUUUAAAUGUCUUAAAGAAUAAGUUUAAAUUAUGGAAAUUCAACAUUUUUGGAAAAACGUUGAAAUACAGAGUGAUGAGUAGAAGUUGUUAUAGUUCAACUGUGUGGCUGAAGAAGACAGUUACCGCUUAGUUGUUACUCUUUGGCCGUCUAUGUUCGAACAAUUUCACUUUUAAAUUGUACAAUAAUUUCUUCAUUCAAUCAAUUGCGUAUAUUUUUGUAUUGGUAUUGAAUUUCGGCGAAGCUUACAACGAGCGAGAGCGUUAUUUUAUUCCAAAAAACUUUUAAGUUAAAGAAAACUUUGUGUAAUUCCAAGUGAUUAUUGUGAAUUUCGAUUCGAACGAAAACCUUUUUGAAAGUCAUGGUAUAAAGUAUACAAUUUCGAAUGGAAGAAGAGGAAUUCGAAUUGAAAUUUCAAAAUGUGAAUUUCGAUUUGAACGAAAACCUUUUUGAAAGUCAUGGUAUAAAGUAUACAAUUUCGAAUGGAGGGGGAGGAAUUCGAAUCGAAAUUUUAUAAUUUCAAUAUCCGAGAAAUAGCUGACAAAAGCUUAAAACGCCAAAAACCAAGUAUACUUCUCAAAAGCAUAGAUGUACGAUAAAUACUAAACUGAAAUCUCCAUCACAGCAGCUUUUAAAGAUAUCUUGGUUUAACGAUAGAAAACUUCAUGUUUAUCGCCAUAUUCGAGACGGUAUAGCAUAACUAAGUGAUAAAAGCUUUAUUUUGAAGUCAAUAGAUAGGACCUUCAGACAGCAUAGGAUGUUUUCUAAAUAAAGUUUUCUUCGCUUUGGUAUAAAGUCUGGAAGUUAGCGAAAUACGAUAUUUGUGUAUUUUAAGCUUUAAAUUAAGUUAUCUUAAGAACCUGAAAAAUUCAUGUUUUUCGCCAUAUUUGAGACGGUAUACCAAAGCUAAGCGAGCUUUAUUUGUAAAAGUUUCUGAAAGUUUUAUUCUUUAGCUUUAAUAUCAAGUUUUAACCUCUGUUUUAUCUUGUUCUCUUUAUAAGAUAUCUUAAAGUAAAGUUUGAAAUACGAUACCUACAAUAAGGAACGGACUAUAACAGAAAUGAAAGCUUUAUUUUAAAGCCAAUAGAUAGGACCUUCAGGCAGCAUAACAUAUUUUCUAAAUAAAGUUGUCUUCGCUUUGGUAUAACAUCUGGAAGAUCGCGUUUUAAGCUUUAAAUUAAAUUAUCUUAAGAAUCUGAUGUGAUUAGAGAAAUUCUGAGGUCAGAUUCGCAUUCAGCGUAGAUCAAUCCUUCAGAAAAGUAUACCUUAGUACCGGAUUUAAGACGACUUGGCGCUUUCAUAACGUCUUGAUUAUGGCGAAAAUCGGGAAUUUUUUCAAACUUUCAUCUAAGAUAUCUUUAAAACCUGAUGUGACAAACAAAUUAGAUCUGUUUCGGAUUCAGCUUAGGUCAGUCCUUUAGUAAUAUACAUAAGUACCGGGGUUUUGGACUUCGCUUUGGUAUAACGCCGAAAACAGUGCUUUUUCACACUGUAGGUUAAGAUAUCUUGAAACCCUGAUGUGAUAGGUAACGGCCCGAGGUCAUAUUCGGAUUCAGUGCAGUUUUAGUCCUUUAAAAAAGUAGACUUUACACUCUGGGCUAAAAAUUUGUUGUGAUCUCUGUAUUCAAACAUCUUUUUAAGCAAAAUUGAGGUUGGAAAUACAAACUCGAGGCCUCUUGUUCAAAAAAGCAUUAACAUGUUUUGCCAUUGAAUAACAACAAUAAACGAUAAUUGAAAUUCUGAAGUAAAACUUCUAAAGUUAAGGUUUUCUCUAAAGAAAUUAUUGUUUUUUUUUUGUUUUUUAAAUUUAUUUAAAACUUUUUGAAAAUUUUUAUAAAAAGAAGAGAAAAAAUGUAAACUCAAUACAAAAUUGUUUAUAUAAAUCCAGGUAUUGUUUAAAAAUUGUACAAUUAAUGUAAAAUAUUAGAAAAUAAGAGAUUUAUAAACUAAUUUUUAAAACUACAAUUUCAUAAUUUUUCCAUAAUUUAAACUUUAUGCUUAGACAUUUUUAAUUAACAACAAAUUUUUAUUAUUUAAGUUUCAAUUCGUUAGAAUUUAAAACAAGUUUAACCUUUAAACCUUGAUAUAGUUUUUAUAAAAUUUAUUAUUUUUUUCAAAACUUGGACUUUAAAAGAAUAAAAUUCUUUUUUUGUUUCCUGUAAACCUUAAAUUUAAGUUAUAGUUUAGCAACAAAACAAAAAAAGUAAUUUAAUUUAUUUAAAUAAACUUUUAACUACCAGCAGUUUUCUUAGAUAUUAAGCUUAAAACAACAAAAAAAAAAUAUACUUAUAGAAAAACCUUUAAAACUUUUUUAAGCAUUUAAGGCUUUUUUCAUAAAAUAUCAUUUAAUCUUAAGUAAAAUUAAAAACAAAAUGUUCUACAAAACAAAAAGAAAACUUAACAAAAACAAAAAAAAGAUUAAUUAAACUUUCUUUGGCAAAAAGAUUAUAUAAGUAAAAAAAAUUAUUGUUAAAUGAUUAGAAAUAACAUACACGAAAUAUUAGUAACAACUUAUUAAGAAAAAAAAAAACCAAACAAAAAAUCAUAAUAAAAAAAUGUUGUACUAGUUAUUUGUUGUAUAUUUAAAACACAAGUAUACAAUACCAACAAUAUGUAUGUAAAAACAUUACAUAUUUUAUAAAAUAUUAUUUACAUUUUAGUUUUUUUAUUUUUGAAUAUUUUGAGUGGGAUUUUUGAAACAUAAAUUUCUGUUGCUUUUUAAAAGCUUUGUGUAAAGUAAGUGUUUAAGAAGAAAUUAUAAUUAUUUUUUUCUACUAACCUUAAAAUAUUUAUAAUAAUAAUUUAUUUAAGUUUGAGGUUUGUAUUCUAAAAAACCUGUGCCUUUUCUGUUCGAUUGUUUUACUUUUUUUCUCUUUUUGCUAAAUGAAUUUUAACUAAUUUUUUUAUUUUUGUGGUUUUCGUAAAAGGAACUAUAACAUAACUUUAAAAAAAAACACAUCAUCAAAGAAACUUUAAUUAAAAGUAAAGCAAAAAAAAAAAAA